UGAGUUGCAGAAGGUUGCCAGUAGGUGCCGUUAAGUCACGAAAGGAGGCAAUAUGGUGGUUGAUUGUUAUUCUGUACCGCGUUUCCCAGGAAUCGUUAUUUACUUUAAAACAUUUUAACUUCCUGUAUUUACUGGAGACAUGUUUUCAAAGAAAAAGAAGAAGCCACAGAUUUCUCCACCAACAAACUUUGAACACCGCGUUCACACUGGCUUUGAUAAACGUGAGGGACGUUAUGUGGGUCUUCCUCUGCAGUGGGCAAGCAUCGUUGGAAACAAUCAAAUCCUGAAAAGUACAAAUCGCCCACUACCCUUAGUGGAUCCAUCAGAAAUAACACCAACAGAAAUUUUAGAUCUAAAGACUAUAGUCAGAGGGGACCCAAGACUUAAUGGCAUUCCAAAAACUUCAAAUGUUGCACGUUCCAAUUCAUUACGAUCAUCCAGUCCUCCAAGGUUACGAAGAGAUUACAGAUCCAAUGCAAAUGUUCCACCAUCUGUUCCUGAAGGAGAGGUGAUGAGCGCUUCAUCACAUCCGUAUCCUAGUAAUCGACGUGACCAUCGAGAUUCUGGUUAUAUAAAGUCAAAUGUUCAAGAUGGACCUUCAGCUGAUUGGUCUCAAGGUCAUGAAGUGAGGUCACCCAUGAGUCCCCCAGCACAGAACAUGUCUGAAUACAGAGGUCUGCCUCCUUACCACCAGAAUCAUGUCAAUGGCAAUCUACCUUCACAGACUCCUCACAACAAUCUUGGUCCACCAGUCUCAGAAGGUCCAGGCCCAUACAGUAUGGGACCAGCAUAUCCAAUUGUGAGACCUCAUCUUCAAACGACAUCUGCAACCAGCUCUACAGGUCCAAGUCCACAGCCAACGCAGUUGCAACGACCCAUGUCUCAACUCGUGCAUCAGGUUUCACACAACAUCAACAAGCCUGUACCUGGAAUUGGAGGCGACCAUCCCCGUGUUGCAGCACACCCAUCACCAGAUCAGAAUCAAAAUGUGAAUGUGAAGCCAUCAACUUCCAUAGCUUCUGUCGCUGCAGCAGCCAGUCAGGCUGUUGCCAGCAAGCAGCACCAUGAACAGCAGAGGCUUACACAUGAACAAUUUCGUGCUGCUCUGCAGAUGGUGGUCAGUCCUGGUGACCCACGUGAAAAUCUGGAGCAGUUUAUGAAAAUAGGAGAAGGUUCAACAGGUACUGUUUGUAUUGCUGUUGAUCGCACCACAGGAAGACAAGUUGCAGUUAAGAAGAUGGACUUGCGUAAACAGCAGCGUCGAGAACUCUUAUUUAAUGAGGUGGUGAUCAUGCGGGACUAUCACCACCCAAAUAUUGUUGAGAUGUAUGACAGUUUCUUAGUGCAAGAUGAGCUGUGGGUGGUGAUGGAGUUUCUAGAGGGCGGUGCACUCACGGAUAUUGUUACACAUGCUAGGAUGGAUGAGGAACAAAUUGCCACCGUCUGCAAACAGUGUUUGAAGGCACUGGCAUAUCUGCAUUCACAAGGUGUAAUACACAGGGAUAUUAAGAGUGACUCCAUAUUGCUGGCAGCUGAUGGCAGGGUAAAACUAUCAGAUUUUGGUUUCUGUGCACAAGUAUCGCAGGAAUUGCCCAAGAGGAAGUCAUUGGUAGGAACACCGUACUGGAUGUCACCAGAAGUUAUUUCCCGUUUGCCGUAUGGCCCAGAAGUGGAUAUCUGGUCUUUAGGCAUUAUGGUAAUUGAGAUGGUAGAUGGUGAGCCACCAUUCUUCAAUGAACCACCACUGCAAGCUAUGCGCAGAAUACGUGAUAUGCCUCCGCCAAAACUGAAGAAUACUCACAAGAUCACUCUACCGAUUAAUCAGUCGAUUAAUCAAAGAAAGGUGUCUCCAAGACUGCAGGGUUUCUUGGAGCGCAUGUUGGUGCGGGAUCCUGUGCAGAGAGCAACAGCAGCUGAGCUGCUGCAGCACCCAUUUUUGCGACAGGCUGGCACCCCUGCACUGCUCGUCCCACUUAUGAGAGGCUCUCGACACAGUAAUUGCUAAAAGUACUUCAGUGCCAACAGCAUUUGGUUCCAGUGUAUCCGCAUUAAAUGAGGAUUCACUGUUCCGUACUAAACAGUCAUUAAUUGCAUUGUUUUAUCUUACUGUAGUAUACAGAAAGAGCAAACAUUUAGUGAAUAUGCUACAGGUUAUAAUUAGUUUCUUUUUAUCUUUCAGUGAUAUGUUGAGGCAGUUAGUUUGGCAUCUGUAGAUGGAUGGGUUUCUCCCCUUUGUACUGAUAUGCCUCAAAUUCCAUUUUAUUCUGAGACAAUACAUUCUUUUAUAAGGUGUCUCUGUUAUGCACUGUAAAUUGAUCCAUGCUGUUAAGUAGUCACUGUCUGUAUUACAUUUUGGUAAGUGACUUUUUAUAAUAUUUAUUACUACUAUAAGUGUUAAGUUUAAUUGUUUUAUAAAGAAAUUUCAGUGUGGUAGGACAAUGGAUGGUUUAAACUGUUUCUGUAUUUCAUGCCCACUGAAUGCCAUGAACAUAUGGAUUGAAAAUGUGACUUGUAUUACUGAAGAGGAUCCACAAAGGUUUGUAGUCAUGUGUGAUAUUUAGGAUUUUUUAAAUUGUUUUUGCAUAUGUAUAAGCAUGAAUUUUCUAUAUUUUUAAAGACCUCCAUACUGAGGCAGUUUGAAACUGGUACAGUAUUGUUAGGGAUGGCCAAGAGGUGUUGCUUUUUAUUUUGUCGUAUACUGAUGGCAGGUGUAUGAGACAAUAUAUGAACAGAAAUGUGAAGUGUUCACAUGUGUAUAAUUAUUAAUGAUAGAAUGCAAUGUAUGUGCCUCAGAUCAAACAGAAGUGUUCCUCAUCUUUUCCGUCUCAAAAUUUCAGAUUAUAUAAUUGUUUCUUCUUAUGAGGAACAUAUGUGUAUGGCCUUUGUCAUAAGUUUUUACAGAAUUUUGCAGAACGUCAUUAUAUACAAAAACAGUGCAACUUACGUAUUUGGAUUCAUAACAUUUUGAAGGCACUUAUACUUUCAUAGCUCACAGUUUGAAAUUUAGAUUCUACUUCUUGCCACAUACUCUCUUGUGGAUUUAAAAUUAAGUUAACACUGUCCUAUUCAUAGAACUGACAUGGAUAAACUUCCCAAAGUUGCCUUCUGUUGGUGUCUUAAUUGUUAUCAACUUAUUCUGUUUGUAGGAAUAUAAUAAAACUACCUCCCUGUGACAUUUGAAUUUAUGCUGAUAGGAUGUCAUUUUUAAAUACUGUAAGGUUAUGCAUGGCAUAACUGUGAAUGCAACAAGAUUCCAUAGACUUUUUCUGUUAGUUAUUCUGUUUUAUGUGGUCUGG